ACGGCGGCCGAGGAGGGUCCCGGUGGUCACCUUCCUGCUGCCGCAGCCAUGGCGGCCGAGCCUCCUCCGCCGCUGGAGCCCAUCGUGCUGCCGGUGUUCAGGGAGGAGGGCUUCGGCGACAAGUUCCUGCGCAAGACCCGCGAGAACCCGCUGGUGCCCCUGGGCUGCCUCUGCACCCUCGGCGUCCUGACCUACGGGCUGAUCAACUUCAAGAGGGGCGACACCCGCAAGUCCCAGCUGAUGAUGCGGGCACGUAUCCUGGCCCAGGGCUUAACCUUCGCGGCCCUCCUCGGGGGCAUGGCAGUCACAGCCAUGAAGUCCAGAAAGUGAAGUCAGGCGAGAAGGGAGCUGCGGGUGUGCCCCCACCAGCCUGUGCCGAGCUGGAUUCUGGCUGCGGACGGAGUUUCUGGGAAACAGUUGUGAUGUCCUGGUGGAGAAGGUGCUGGAGAGGCUCCGUGUUCCAGAGCUCUGGAAACUGGCUAAUACAACUCUGUAAAUAACCUGA